AUGAAGACGAGAGCAACAAGGACAACGGGGAUGAGGACAACAAUGAAGACGAGUGUAGAGAGAACAGCGGCUGUGAGAACAACAAUGAAGAUAAAAGCAACAAGACCAACGGGGCUGAGAACAAGGAAAAUAAGUGUAAUGGAAGGGACGAUGGAGUGUACAUCUUUAGGGAUGGUAAUAGGGAAAAAAGGUGAUGAUGACGGGGGGAACGACGAUGGGGGCAACUGUAGUAGAGAUGACAGUGCUGACGACAGUGACGACUGUGCAGAUGACAUUGUACCAGACAGUGACGAUGACAGCACUGCAGAUAGUACAAAUGAUGAUGUGGAAGACAACGCGGCGGACAGCUCAGACAAUGAGAAUGAAAAUAAUGACAAUGUGGAAGACAGCCCGGCGGACAGCUCAGACAAUGAGAAUGAAAAUAAUGACAAUAUGGAAGACAGCGCGGCGGACAGCUCAGACAAUGAGAAUGAAAAUAAUGACAACGUGGAAGACAGCGCGGCGGACAGCUCCGACAAUGAAAAUGAAAAUAAUGACAAUAUGGAAGACAGUGCGGCGGACAGCUCAGACAAUGAGAAUGAAAAUAACAAUGAACGCCAAGAUGAUGGCAUGGGAUUGGCGGAAGACCCUGUUGUCGUUCCAUUCUGGAGGAACAGCGAGCUUUCCGCAAUGACUUUAUCAAUCGAGCAAACAUCCUUGAGGGAAUGGUUCAGCAACUUCAACCAGGUAACAAUUUCAAUUGAGUUCCAGCUGUACUUGGCAACGACGGUGAUGCAGUGA